AUGAGGCUUCUGGUGUCUGCCGAGGAGUCAGGGGCUCUUAAGGAAGUCAUCUGCAUCAAGGGAACAGACACUUCCAAGCAACAGGCUCCCCAGCCGACGUCGAUCAAAACGUUUUGCCAGGAAACAAGGAACACCAAAAUCCAACACUUUAUUCUAUACAAGAACCAUGUGGUAGCAGCUAGACAAGGGGGAAGCAUAUGUAUAUACAACACAGAGGAUGAGUACGCAGAGGUGAAAAAAAUCAGCGGUCUUGCCGCCUCUGCAGAGGACGCUUUUGUGUCUCUUUUCGAGCUACACGACAAAAUAUAUGCUUGUACGGAAGCUGGCAACCUGAGUAUCAUUGAGCCCGAAACCUGGACAUACACGACUGCCAAGCUCAAAGGGCCGAUUAGCAGUUUCUGUGGAGACGUUUCGAGACCAGGAAUAUUCGCAUAUGGUGGAAAGGAAACCGACCUCACUGUCAUUAAGUUGGAUACCAUGGAGGUUGUGUUUCGAGGCAAAAAUGUUCCCAAUAACAAACUGGACUUGCGCGAGCCGAUCUGGAUCUCCAAAGUUGCGUUUGCUACAGACCCGCAAGACAAGCCGGACGUUUACAAACUGAUUACCGUUACAAGAUACGGUCACGUGAGAUACUACGACUCGGCCAAGGGACGCAGACCUGUUCUCAACUUCAAACUUUCUGACAAGCCGUUGAUCACCAUGGCGAAGCUCAACGGCUCUGAGAUCGUGUGCUCCGACACGCACGUGACAACCGCGAAAUUCAAUUUCAAAAAUGGAAGCAUGCUCGGCAAAUUCCAGGGUGCUGUGGGAUCGGUCAAGGCGGUCCAUGUUCUGAACAACGUUCUGGCAACCGGCGGACUUGACAGGUAUGUUCGAUGCUUUGACCUUGGCUCCAGAAACAUCAUAGCCAAGGUGUACAUGGGCACUCAAAUUAGCGACGUCUGCUUGGUGGAAGCAGACGAGGAGCAGCCAAAAGAAGAGCCUCAGGAAGUGAAACCUAAGGCCAAGGAGCCGAAGGAAUUGGAAAAAGAAGGCGAAGACGACGAGUCGAGCGACGAAGAAGAGAUGUGGCAAAAGUUGCAAAACUCUUUAGCUGAGAAGAGAAAGAGACGCAAACUUAAAUAA